UGGCGGUGCGUCAGCAUGUACGGAGCUGUGUGUGUUAAAAUGUAGACGUACUGUGGUUUCUUUUUGGUUACCAAGGAUAAUAAUCGGUUUUAGUAGUUCUCUCGAGUAGUGCCCCCAUCAUCAUGGCGUCAGAAAGGCUGGAGUGGGUGGAGAUCAUCGAGCCCAGCUCCAGGAACAUCAUGUACGCCAACCUGACCACCGGCCAGUGUGUGUGGGACCCUCCGCCUGGCGUCCAUGUGAAAAAGUUCGAUGACAACCAGUGGUGGGAAUUGUUCGACACCAACACGUCGAGGUUCUACUACUACAACGCCACGUCACAGAAGACUGUCUGGCACCGACCACAGAACUGUGACAUCAUCCCACUUGCCAAGCUGCAGCUCAGCCUUAGCAGGCGGCCCAAAUGCCAAAUCAAGCAAAACACAGAGGUGGCAGAGGAUGAGGACGGACGCAAGGUGGUGCGGGAGUCUAUUGGCACACAGACACCCUCCAAGCCAGGCCCGGUGACGGGUCCUAACCAGCAGCUUCCCCUGACCCUCCCUGCGGCUGUGGCUUCCCAUCCCUCUCUCGGCCUUCAACACCACCGUGCACCUCCCAGCAAGAAUGGUCCACUCCCUACCGGGCGAGCAUCCCCCAAAAAUAGUCCACUACAAACAUUUCGAGUUCCCUCUAAUAGUGGUUCACUUUCCUCACCUAAAGUAUCUCCCAGUAGUUCACUGUCCUCCUCCCGGUCAUCUCUCAGCAUGGUUCCCAGUCCAGGGUCACUUCAGAGAUGUCACAGUUCUCUUCUUGGGAGAAGAGGAACAAGGGGAUCUUUACCAGGUAUAGGCAGUGGGACGAGAGGUUUGGUGACGGGGCUGGGAAGUGGCCCCCGGGGAUCUCAGCCAGGAAGUGGGAGUGGAGCUCGGGGACAAGGGGUUGAGAGUGGACCUUCGAGGGGGCAGCAGCGGUGGUCAGGCGGGGUGUCACACUCACGCUCCUCUGGCCUGGGAUCAUUGCAGAAGAAAGAAGGUGGACCGGAGGUUCUCUCAUUACCACACUCCUUAUCCAAGAGGGUGAUCAGCUCCACAACACAGACGUCUCCAGUGCCCUCUCCACGGCCCUCACGAAGAUCUUCUGCCCACAAUGCCCCCACCUCCAGCUCAACAGGAGGAGGAGGAGGAGGAGGAGGAGGUGGUGGUGGUGGCAGUACUGGUGGGAGUGGGAGCAGUAGUGGCCAUCAUCACCACCACCAUCAUCGCCACACUGGUUCAUGUUCCCACCACCACCACCAUAGUGAUGCAAAUGGGGACACAGGUGGUGUCAGGAGGGUGCGGCGGAGCUCUCAGUCCUCACAGGGAUCUUCACUCUCCUAUUCUCGGCCAUACAGACAGGAAUCUGGAAGGUCAAGUGACAGCUCAAUGUCUCAAAGCCGCACUUCUCUGGAGAGUUCUGGAUACCGACUGUUGGAGUCGCCUCGUGGUGCACCAGGUUUAAGGGACUCGAAACGUGGUGGGCCAGUCAGUAGUCGUGUUGGAGAGAGACGAAGUAAAGACAGAGACCCACUAUCUCCUCGCUCUCCUGACUCUGUGUCUUCCCAUUCAUCACCAACACAUCCACAACAGGGUGCCCCGGUCACUCCCUCUUCACACCGUCGUGCUCAUACUGAUAUGCGUGACCCAGCAUCUACUAAAUAUAAGGGUAUUCCCCAUCAUGACUUUUCACACUUACAAAUAGCUAAACAACGCAGCUUUGAUGUUUCUAAUUACCCAAAGCGUUCAGAACUCAACCUAGAUAGGCCAAGAGAAAUGGCUUUGUCUCGUAGUUACAGUUUUAUGUCCAGGCCUCGAUACCACGAUGAAGAUGGAAUGCACGAGCGUUUUUUAAUUGGUGCUAUGCGAUCAGUAGAGUCAACACCACAACCUCGGCGACGUCAAAAAGGUCUGGAUGUUGUGACGGGCAGUCCUGAUUCUUUAGGUUCCCACGGUUACCUUAAUUAUCGCCAAAGAUCUGACAGUUCAGGCUUAGAAAGCCUUGCAACACCCAUGAUGCAUCGCAAGCAGCGCUCUCUUGAAUCUGGAAAGUCAAGGUUGAAAAUGGAUCUGCGGUCCAGUACCAGCGCACACACCAGACUUAUUACAUCAGAUUCUAGUCCAAGUCCUCCUAGUCCCAAACAUGAGUUCUCACCCUUUAACUUUGACUCACCUCGAGGUCAAGACAGUGGAGCAUCCACUCUAACUGAUAAAGACACAAGGUCUAACUAUGGACGUGGGUCUGCAGACAGCUCUCCUCACUCCCAGGUGGACUCGGGGCUCGUUUCUGGAACAACAGGAAGCAGAGGAUCUGUCGACAGUAAUUCUCGACGGACUGACUCUCGCCAAACUACGGUGGACAAAGAGCCUUUAAAGUGUCCUGGAACUGACAGCUCUAACAAGGCCUCCUCAACUAAGUCUGGCAACGAUCGUGACGGCCGUCGCUGCAACCAUCGCCGUCAUCAUCACUGCAGCAAGCACCGUGGAACCACAGCCAAUACCAACACCAAUACAACAAAUGCUACUGCUGCCACCACUGACAGUGAUCGCAGUGACACUUUACAGAGCAGCAGCAGUUCUCAACACUUGGUUCAUACAGGGAGCAAUAACAGUCAGAAUCACAAUUCUAGCUCAGGCAGCAGCAGCACUGCCAAACAAACAAGCCCAAAUAACAGCAAACAGUUAAGUCCUAACAAUGGCAGUACUACCAACACCAAACAACCAAGCCCCAGCAGUAUUUGCAACACUGGAAAGCCAGAGAACAGCCCACAGCACCGUGACUUGACUCACUUAUAUUCCAACCUGGACUAUGUGUAUGAGCAGCCAGUGUACCAGUACAUCAUGGAACAAGCUAAACUAACAGGCUAUCGACUAGGAGACCCAUUAUAUGAAGAUGCUGAUUCCCUGCACAGUGAUGAUUCAGGAGGCCAUCAUGAUGACAGUGAUGAGUUUGCUGAUGAUGAAGGAAUGUCCAAUGCUGAUUCUUCUUCUCAGGAGUACCUAGAAGAUGUCAACUAUCUGGCUGAUGAUGAGAUGUAUGCCCAGUUCUUUACACCAUAUAGUUGGAAAAAUAAGAGCAAGCCAGAAGGAGAAGAAGAUGUACCAGACAGUGCCAAGGGGUCAAGAAUUUCACCAGCUUCAUCAACUGCCCCUAUAAGUACUGGAACAUCAGGAAGCUCGGCUCAGACUUCCACCCCUACAGCUCCUCGACCAAUUAUACCCAACAUCACCACAGCACCGAUGCCACCUAACAGCCUGCCACUAGACACUCAGCAUCCAUCAUUAAGGAGAAAGAAAGACCCUCCUAACCAUCAGCCGUUGUACUCGCCAAUACUGGAGAAGGGCGAGAGGAAAUUAAGAACAAUGAGUAAUCGUGAUGGCAGUGGCCAGUUGGGUAACCGUCCAUUGUCCAUCUCUAUCCCCAACAUGAUGGACUCGACCCUAACCACCAACCCCAUCACCGGAUCACUCCAUCGCCCACCUCAGGGCAUGACUGCACUUUCUCUGAUGAAGAAGCCUCCCUCAGAGUCUGACUUUGAGCGGUAUAGCAGCACUGGUGGUGGUGGUGGUGGUGGUGGUGAUGGACACAAUCUUAUGGAGAAAUAUGCUCAGGAAAAUCUUAACAUUCACACCCGCGGUCUCUUACGAAAGAAGGUUCCUGUUAUAGAUAUGAUUUCAUGGACAAAGGAUCCAAUUCGAAAGCCAAUGUUAGCCACUCUGGACAAGUCUGUAAAAAACCAAGCAUGUGAGCUUUUCAGGCUUGUCCAAAUCUACAUGAGUGACCGUAAGCCAAAGCCUGGAAUGACCCUUAAUUCAGUGGGGUUAGAUGUUGUCAACAUGUGCUAUAAUACAAUUGGACUUCGAGAUGAACUGUUUGUUCAGAUUUGUAGACAGACCACAGAAAAUCACAAACGGGACAGUUUAAGGCGAGGCUGGGAACUGUUGGCCAUCUGUUUAGCUUUUUUUCCUCCGUCGGAUAAAUUUGGUCCUUACUUGGCGGGUUAUAUAGCACGGCAUUGUGACCCUGCCUACUGUUCCAUGUUCCCUGAUGUCUCUAAGUGGCCUAUCCAUAUUCAGGUGGCACACUAUGCUGGUGUGUGCAUCAAGCGCUUAGAAAGAACAACAGUUAAUGCAAAGAGACAACGACUUAGAAAACCCACUCUGGAGGAAAUUGAUCUGGCACGUCUGCAUAUCUUCCGAGCAUCAAUGUUUGGUGGCACAAUUGAAGAAGUGAUGGCUCUACAGAGAGACAGGUACCCACAUCGUAGGUUACCUUGGGUUCAGACGACUCUCUCUGAGGAAGUAUUACGACUACAGGGAACAAAUACAGAGGGAAUAUUUAGAGUUCCUGCUGAUUUUGAUGAGGUAAGACUACAAUAUUUGGUGGAUGUGUUUCAUCUGAUUACACUAAACAGUCAUACAGUAAUUCCACCAUAUAAAGGAAAAUAAUCCAUACAAGCCUCCUCCUCCUCUUGCUAUGUGUAGUGGGUUAACUCCAACCCCUUUGCAUGAUGCUAGUCCACAGAAAAGUUGUUCCAUCCUCAGCAAAUGAACCUGAAAAUGUACAGUACUCAUAUAUUGCAGGUAACACAAGGGCUAGUGUACACAGGGGGAACCCAAUCCUCCUCCAAUCCAUAUGGAGAUUAAAUCUGUGACCAUUCACUUGUUAGAUGUUCUUGUUACCAGCUGAGCUAUCGAGCCACUGUAUAAGGAGUCCCAGCAUCUUGGCAAAAAAAUAGCAAAUCUGUGAAUAAAAUACUGUAUAGGAAUUCCAUAG